CUCUCUCUCUCUCCAUUAUUCAGUUACCAACGUUAUUCUGAUGGGUUCCAAUUGGUUUGUAGCUCUUGCUGGAUUUCUUCUCAUCUUUAAUAGUGCUGAAGCCCUCGUAACCAUUGAUGUCCAUGAGGCCAAGGACCUCCUUGACUCCGGUGCCUACUGGUAUGUUGAUGCUAGGACCAAAGAAGAAUUCAAGGAAGGCUACGUAGAUGUGAAGAAAAUUGUGAACAUUCCUUACAUGUUCAAAACCCCAGAAGGAAAUUUCACAAAGAAUCCCCUGUUCGUGAAACAUGUUUCUUCCAUUUUCAAAAAUGGUUGUCCUCUCAUAGUGGGUUGUCUAUCUGGUUCCAGGUCCCUUCAUGCAGCUACUGCUCUUGAGAACUCUCAGGGUUUCAAGAAUGUGACCAACAUGGGAGGAGGCUACAGUGCAUGGGUGAAGAGUGGCUAUCCUGUGAAGAAACCAUAACAUGACAAGUGAUAAAGUUGUAGUUAAUUUGGUUUCACCCAACUUAUUAAGGGUUUUUUACUUGAAUAAUAUUUAUUGGCAUUUGAUAGAUA